AGGUGAGUGAGUGAACGCUGCCGGGCUGUCUCCAUCCUCGUCCACGCUGCCAAGUGACCUCGUUUAACCCUGCUUCUACAAAAGCUGAAACGGACUUCACCUUGUUGCCUCAAUAUGACACACCGAAGUGUUCAGCUGUAAUACAAAGUAGACGUUAUCCAUCACAAUAUCCUAGCGAAACACUCCAUCUUCUCGUCGUUGAACAUGAUGAACACGAGAGUGAACAGUGUGCGGUGCUUAACCCUAGUAAUCCUAGCAUGCUUAACGCCGAGUCCUUGGGUGGCUGACGCACAGAACCAGGUCGGUGGAACUGGGCGGUCACUAAGUAAUAGUGGUCUAAGUAUAAACGGGCGUGUGGCGAGUGGUCGUACCCUUGAUGGUGGUGGAAACAAAUGGCAGCAGAAUAUGCCGCCGGAAGAUCUUGAGAGAAAUUAUGAACGACGCGGCCACAGUGACAACAACAGCGCCUACAAGAAGAUCCUCACCGGCCGUAGGGACGCCUUUAACGGUCUACACAGCAGGGCGAGCUACAUAAUCGCGGCGCCACGACUUGCUCGGCCCUCUACAGUGUAUCGACUAGCGGUAAGCAUCCUGUCUGGGUCCACCCCCGUCGACGUCACCGCCCACAUGUCCUCCCACAGAUCCAGCUUCAACACUGCCCGUGCCACCAUCUCCCCCGGGGACACCCAAGACCUCCUCAUAAAGGUUCCUAAAAUUGCAGAGGACAGAGCCUUUACGCUAUUGGUGGAGGGUCGUCGUGGCUACUCCUUGGUCUUCCGUAACUCCACCCAGGUGCUAGUGACGCCCACCUUCCUUACCAUCCUCAUGCACCUCUCCAGGCCCUGCUUCACCGGCGGCCAGCUCGUUAGCGCGCGGGUGAUCCUCCUCACCACAGAACUCAAGCCUUAUGAUGAGCCCGUCGACGCCUACAUCCUAGACCCACAAGGUAACAUAAUCAAGCGGUGGAUGUCGAGGAUGCCGCAUGUUGGAGUGGUGUCUGUGAAGUACCAGCUGCCGGAGCUGCCACAGGCUGGAUGGUGGAGAGUGAGGGUGUCUGCCGGCAGCCAACAUCAAGAGACGCGCUUCCUUGUCCACAAGAUCUAUGACCCACUUUAUGAGGUGUUUGUGGAGAUGCCCUUUUAUGGCCUGUCAGAUGACGAGGAGAUCCAAGGCACCUUGACUGGGAGUUACUUGACCGACAAGCCAAUCUAUGGUAAUGCCUCCCUAACCCUCUACGUAAAGCAGCCCUGGACGUUGCCAGACUCAGAUUUCAGCCGCGUCUCAUCCAUCUUCUACAAUCAUGUAGAUGUGAUGGUGGAUUUCUCCUUCCCGAUGGCGUCAUUGCUGGAGUACGUGCAGCAGCUUGAGGGUGCUGAGGUGAAGGUGGAGUGCGAUUUCUACGACAUCUUUACCAAGAUCAAGGCUGAGGGACACUCUAGGAUGCGGAUUCUGAGCCCUGGGGUGGUGGUGUCGGUAGUGGGCACAGAGCCCUUCAUCUUCAGGCCUGGGAUGCACUUCAGUGCUGCGGUGUCAGUGAUAAAGGAAGAACGGCAACCCGUGGAGAAGUCACGUCUAGCGGGGUCAUCACUAGUCAUCACUCCCAGCUACACUACUUCCUCCGGCUCCUCCUCCACCCUCCCUCAGAUCAUCGUGCCAGCACUCACCACUGAUGGUAAGUUGCAGGAGGAGACGUUUCAGGCAAUCAGACAUGGAAUGAGGAUGAGAAAGUGGGCUGCAGAAGGUGCUGUAGAGAUACAGGAGACGAAGUGGGUGAAUGAGAUGGCAUGGGCUGAGAGGGAGGUGCAAGAUCUGAUGCACAACUACACUAGAGAACAGUACUUCACUGAGUACCGUGAAACUGGCAUCUACAGGUUUCAACUAGACAUUCCCAAAGAUGCAGCAACACUCCGUGUGGACGUGGUGUACCAGGAUGAACACACUGAAGCAUCCACCACGGCCCAUGCCUACGCCCACUACCACCCGGGCAACAGGUAUGUUCAAGUGACAUCGAGCACUGAUGAGGCCAAGGUGGGGGAAUUUGCCAUAUUUCACAUUCGCAGUAACUUCCCUGUACAUCAAUUUGUCUACCUGAUCAUGUCUAAGGGCAUGCUGGUGCACUCGGCAAGGGAGGUGACUCAUGGGGUUGAUGUGGUGACAGUCAGUGUAGCAGUGGCCUCCUCCAUGGCACCAAGGUUCACCCUUCUUGUCUAUGUCACUACUGAUGAUGGGGAGGUUCUUGCUGAUGCCAUGGCUCUCCCUGUCAAGUUCUUCAAUAGUAUGGAGGUACAAUUAUCAGUGAACCAGCACAAGGACCAUUCCAAGAAGACAGUGGAAAUAGUGGUGGGUGCUCCCCCAGGCUCGUUCUAUGCCCUCACCUGCCAGCGUGCCCUCAACUACUUCAAACAACAUCCUAAUGACCUCACCCACACUCGCAUCCUUGAUCACAUGGUGGCGAUGGAGCCCUCUCCCAGAACCUUCCAUGGGGUGCUGCACCGAUCUCGUGAUGGAAAUUAUGAUGAUCGUCUAGUGUCCCUGGCUGCCUCCAGCUAUGCAGGAGAUGUUCUUGCCACUUUUCAAGAUGCCGCACUGAUUCUUCUUACUGAUGCAAUUAUCUCCCUCACACCUGGCAGAGAGAGGCUGUGUAACAUAACUGAAGGCUACUUGGAAUGUGGAGAUGGUAUUUGCUUUCUUCAUGAGCAUCUCUGUGAUGGAAAUAACGACUGUGCCAAUGGUGCUGAUGAAUUGGGAUGCGAAAGGUUGUACCAGGAUUUCCCACUGCAACAUGAGGAGCAGGAAGACCCACUUGAGCUGACCUCAGACACACUCUUUCGGUUGCUGAGAAGUCACUUCAUUGAGGACAUCUUUGACGUAGAUGAUGUCGAAUGGUGCAACUCUGAGAUCUGGAUUGGUCACCAUGGCCAAGAGGAGAUUCAGCAAGAGAUAGCUAAGACUGAGGAUGAAUGGGUGUUGAGGGGCUAUGCUAUACACCCUGAACAUGGCCUCUCCUUCACCAAGCAGCCCAUUUUUUUUGCUAGUGACCCACCUUUCUACAUCAUGACUGAGGCUCCUACUGUGUGCCGCAGAGGAGAACAGAUCUCCAUCCGUGUGCUGAUGUUCAACUUGCUGGACACAACCAUUCAGGCUGUGCUGCUGCUCCACGACAGUGAUGACUACAGCUUUGUGAAUGUUGAGAAAGAUGGCCUUGUGCAGUAUUACAAGCCUAGACUAUCCCGAGGCCAGCACCAGCACCUUGUGUUUAUCCAUGGCAAUGGGGUAAAGGAAGUGAUGCUGCCACUGGCAGUUAAAAGACAGUCAGGAAUGAUGGAGGUGACGAUAGAGGGUGUGACACAGAUCCGCAAAGAUACUGAAACAUUGGAAAUAGAAGUUAAGCCUGAGGGCGUCCCAGUCAGAAAACACACAUCACUCGUGCUGGAUCUAAAAAACCGUGCUCUGGUGUAUGAGUUUCUGGAAGUUCCUCUCGACCAGAGCCCUAUCAUCCCAACCGAACUGAUCAGACACUUCUUAUUUGGCUCUCCAGCUGCAAGGAUCUCUAUUACAGGUGAUGUGUUCGGGCCCAUAUUGAAAAGUAUCUCAGUGGAUCAUACACAGGUGUUCGGUGGGAGACACUUCAGGAGUACUGAUGGUGUAGCCUUCAACUUUGGUGCUACACUUUGGACCCUUCACUACCUCAGACUAACAAACCAGUUGGUAAUGUCAGAAGCCCAGGAUGUGUUUGACUACCUGACAGUGCAGCUGGGUGGGCUGCUGUGGCGCAAUUUCAAUGGUGGUUUCAGCAUGUGGGCCUUCACUCCACCAAGUGUUUGGCUUACAGCAAAAGUUAUCAACAUACUUCUGGAAGCACAACAUGAGGAUUGGGAAAAUUUGCUGUUCAUUGAUCCAAAGAUCAUUCAAAAAUCAGUUAAAUUCCUACUUAAAUAUCAAAUGCCUGAUGGUGGUUUCAGAGAAGAAGGUGAAGUCACCCUGGACAGUAAGAUGAAGAAAACUAGAGGGCAGUCAUCCGUACCUCUCACAGCUCUGGUAGUCACCAUUCUUCACAACAGCCUUAGUUCUCUGCAAGGAACCACUCGUCCUGAUGCUGUUGACGCCCGGGCCCAAGCCACUAAGUUCCUUGAGAUCAACCUUUCUACCCUUGAUGACUGCUAUCAUGUUGCUCUAAGUGCCUAUGCCCUUUCAAUUAUUGGUAGUCAUUCGGCAGAAACAGCUGCAACCAUGCUGAAUAAAAUGAAGAGGAUUAAAGGAGACAUGACAUAUUGGUCCCGUACACCGAUUACAAUACAUAGAAGACAAGAAGAAAAUAACCAGAAAUCCUUUCUCCUCCCACGGGAACUUGAGCAGUGGGACUCCCACGCCAUAGAAACGACAAGCUAUGCUCUUCUGGUUUUUCUGAUCAAGGAGGGUGUAACAAUACACACAGAGCAGAUUAUGAGAUGGCUUAAUUCUGUUAGGGAUUGGGAUUGUGCCUUCAUGUCCACUGUGGACACAGUUGUGGCAAUGCAAGCCUUAGCAGAAUAUGCAUUUCGGGCACGACUUCGUGAUAUAACAAAUAUGGAGUUCAUUUUAGAUAUCACUGCUCAGCCCAGGCAACCUUACAGUGUUUUUAUUAAUAAUAGUUCCACAUCAACUUAUCACAACUUUGAGCUGGAGAAUGUAUGGGGUCAUGUCAACAUGAUAGCAAAAGGGUCUGGUCAAGCAAUAGCUCAGCUGGAUGUGUCAUGGGGGGUAGAUGUCUUGAACUUCAUUGAGCAGCCACACAAGAAAUAUUUUGAACUUAGUGUCUUGGAAAUAUAUCACCAGUUUCGAAAUAAGUCUCUUAUUACUACAACUGUGUGUGCCAGGUGGAUGGCAACAGAAGAUGGGAUCAUGAGCAGUGCAGCUUUAAUUGAAGUGGAAAUACCCACAGGUUAUAUGUUUUUCCAGCCUUUAGCUGACCUUACAGUCUCAUCAAUUAAAGCGAAUGGCAGCUUUCCUCAACUCCGGAAUGUACAUACCACACACACUCAUGUCUUCUGGCAAUUUGAUUAUAUUCCAUCAGACAAGAAACAGUGCUUCAGCUAUGACAUACAACGGUGGUAUCCUGCAGCCAAUCUCACAUCUAUACGAUCUGCUACAGUCAUGGAGCUCUUUGCUCCUGAGCACUUUGAGAUGGUAAUGAUUGAUGCAUCACCACUGGCAAAACUUGAUAUCUGUGAAGUGUGUGGGUCAUAUCAGUGCCCUUAUUGUCCCAUCUACAGUGCUGUCCAGUCUACACACACAGUGGAGUUAACUAGUCAAUUUGCUAUUUUGAGUCUUUGGCUCCUCCUCCUACUAUUUGGAAAUGAGCAAAUAACAAGAACACCUUAGUGUUAAGUGCACAAAUUAAGUAUGAAAACCAGUAUUGUUAAAAAAAAAUUAUUGAAACUGAUUCAUUCAGGACAUAACUAUGAUUUUCAUUAUCUUUCACACAUUUUGACAUUAUUUUUGCUGAUCACACCAUGUGUCACUUGUAAUGUAAUAUGAAUUUUUAUCUAUUUUUUUAGGAGUUUUCCUUCUCGUUAAGAUCAUUGAGUUUCAUUCCUAAAAAAGCACUUCAUAUACGGUAUUUUAUAUAUUUAAAUGUACUGUAACUCCAUGUCAGUCGAUGCUAAUUUUGCGAAUCCAGAUACACAUACCCAAGUGUUAUCCUGUACUGUAAAACAUUCUCGUUUUGUAUAUGUCAGUGUGAGAAUUUUUCUUUAAAUAUGUCACUUCAUUGUGGUAAGUCAGAACUUUUAGUCAUUAUUUUAUAUGCAUUUUAUAGUAUGGUUUAUUCAUGCUAAUAAUUUUUAUUUUAAUGCCAAAAAUGAGUAUUAUAUAAGUGUUGUUUUAUAUUGUAUAUAUGAAUAAGUUGACCUUAUCCUCAUUGUUAUCAUCAUAGUCAUCAUCAUCAUCAUUAACAUUUUAUGGCCAUUUUCCACACUCGGGUGGGUUAGUACAAUUUAUAUUUGAAGUAUUAUGCACAGUGCUUUUUUAUUUAUAAUAAUGAGCUGAUGUGUCGGGUAACAUAGUAAACCCUGGGGAUAAGAAUUAGGUAAAAUAUAAUGAAUUUUAGAAGUUAUAUAAAGGUCCCUAAGAAGUUUGACUAUUGACAAGAAAAUGCUCAUUCAGGUUAUACAGUACUGUAUAUAAUAAUCAUAACAUACAAUUUAGAAUGUUUGAGAGAUAGAAUUGACAAUAUUAUUAAAACUGAGAUAUUCUCACUCAUGUAUUAGAACCUUUUAUGCCCCAAAUUCAACCUCUCUCUCUAAUGGGUAGUGCUUUGAAAUUCUUAUUUAUAACUAACAACCGUAGUUAAGUUUUAUUUUAAUUUAUAAUGCAAAAUUUUCAGCUGCUCUUUCAGCACAGCAUUAUUUUGAGAACUGUAUUACCUGUAUGUGUAAUAUUGACAGCCACUUACAUUGCAUGGUAUUGUCAGUAAACUAUGUACCUGCCUCAAGAAUUCAGAUAGUACCCUGAACAAGGCAAGCUUUUUGGGGAUAUUCUGGCAAUUGGUCUACUUUAUUAGGUUACUUAACCAUCUCCUGUAUUCAUAGAAUGGGAUUUCAUACUUCAGUGCUCUUUCUUGUGGUAAUUCAUUUUAAUAUUUUAUAAGAAAUCUUCAUAAUUUCAUUACUGAAGCUGGUUCAAUAAAUGGAACCUGUUAAGAUCUAAAUUGGGAUGUUUAAGAAAAAUCAAUAAAUAAAAUUAAAUAAUAAUUGUACCACUACUGUGCCGGAGUGAAAAAAUAAUUUACUGCUUCUGUGAUAAGUUAUAAUUAGCUUAUUACAGUGUAUUGCAUUUAAGAGAAAUAUUAUUAGAAUACUAUUCUAAUUUCAUAGAAAAUUAUGUCCACUAUACUUUACAAAUUACAGUAUGGGUAUCCUGCUAAUACAGGUAUUGUCUUAUUAAUGUAAAUUUUACUUUUACAAGUUAUCUUUUAAAUAGUGUAAGGUACACAGUGUUCCUACUUUAAGGGGAAUGAGCAGUACUAGUCAGCAAUAAUAGUUUUGUAGUGAGCAUUUAUUGCUAGUGCUUGUAACUGAACAUGUUGUAGAGAGCAUACUAUAUUGCUAGUGUUGCACUGAACAUGUUCUGUUGAAGUAAGCAUGUAGUGUUGUAGCAAACAUAAUACAGUAAUAGUAUUGCUAUUGGGGUAAACAUGUAUUACUAUUGUUGUAGUAAACAAGUACUAGUGUUGUAGUUAAUAUGUAGUACUACUGUACUGUAUAUACUGUUAUAUUUACCAUGUACAGAUAGUAGUAGUAUUGAAAAUGUAGUGUAUAAUGUUAUAGUGUAAAUGUAGUGGUAGUGAAGAGGUAAUACCAAUUGUGUUGUGGAUAUGUAGUGCUUGUGUUGUAAUGAAUGUGUUAUACAGUAAAAACCUAAUGGAUUGUGAGUUUUGGCUUCAUGAUUUGCUGCAUUGUGAGCAAGAGUGUAGUGUUACACAACAACAAGAGCACCAAUUAACAGUUAACAUUUUAUACUGAGAGCAUGAGUGCCACUGAACAGCUGUUACAAGCUUGGCCUUCAGGAACUGAUUAGGGUGUGUCUUUGCAUUGUUCCAGUUACUUGUCUAAUAUUUUGGGCUAAAAUAUUAAUAGUGAGUGAUCAAAAUGAUACUUUAAGAUAAUUAAAAGGUGCAUUAGCUCUUAAAGAGAUAUUUACACACAUCAGAAGAUUGGGCUCUGCCAUUCCCAGUAAAAGGCUCUGUAUCAAUGAAUAAGCUUUAACAGUUCUGGCAAGGUGGUGUGCUGCUAAAACUGUGAUUGGCAAGAGCUGAAUCUAAUGCCAAAUAAGGUGUUAAGGAAAUUGAUCCUUGAGAGACGUAAUAAACAAACGGUAAGCUCAAACGUGUUGAUAUCUCAGUUGGAUUGGACUGAUCUUCACCCAAUUUGAGGAUGGCUAACCCUAGGGCCACCUAGGCAUGAAUUUGUUCAAAGUGAGUGUAGACGUUGUCGCCAACACAAUAACCACACCCUAUGUUACUGAGCUGUAUGACCUAGUGUUAAGGAAUAAGCCAAGACUGGACAACUUGCCAACUGCACUGAGUAACAGGGUUGGAACAUUUACACCUUUUUAAAUCAAUUACAAUUACAAUUUGAAAAUCAAAAGUUCAAUUAUAAUUACAAGUUUCUACAUGCUAGCUCACCCUUUGAGAAGAAAACCGUCAUGCUGUCUAGUUAUAAGGGCUAAAUCCAUAUUGAUGAAUAUGUUUCACUUAAAGCUAUUGUGAAAAAAGCAGACAUAGGCUAUCAAGAUUCCAGUGCAGUCCAUGCAUACUACAAGUUACACAUAAUAUUUACAAAGCUGGGAGUUUUUCAAAUAAUUCAUCAUUACACUUUAUCAUUAACAAUGAACAGAAAGAAGCGACACCAAGUUGGGCCCUGUUGACUGAAAUAAUUUCCAGCAAUGCUAAAAACACUCUGAUGGAGCAGAUAUUGCAUUACACCCCUUAAGCUCCCUUGCCAGGUUCUUCAGUGGGUGAAAAGUUCGGGACGCUUCUUUCCAGUAGAGCAUUGAAUUACUUGAAAAUGGGAUAUUUCCUUCUACUACAAUUGUUUCAAGAACAGACUCACUGUACUUCCCUCCGAUGCUCGUUGAUUUUGUGGCCGAGUUGGGAAUGGUGGUACGAAGGAGAAAGGUCUGGGUCUUUUUGAUUCGGGUAAUCCUUCUGCUAGAUCAUUUUUGUCAUUUUCUUCCUCUGUUGACCCCUCCUGAACUGCCUCCAAUUCUUCCAACAUUUCCUUGAUAUCAAUCAGUACCUGGUCCUUCUGCUCCUGUGACGACAGCCAGUCCAUUUUGAACCAAGGAUCCAGAAAAGCUGCUGUUCGAACAUCCCUCAUUUCUAUGCAUGGGUCCAACCUUUUCUUCACAGAGUCCAGCAGGCCUCUAGCCAAAGGUUCACAGUACUGCAAUUGGCUGUUGCUGGAAGACCCAGAUGUAAGUAAGUGCUCCAGUGAAUGUUUAAGUCCCUGAAUCACUGGUCUAAUGGCAGAUAUGGUUACCUUCUGCCCCUCCACAACUUCCAUGGCCUCUUGAAAAGGUUCAAGGACACUGACAAGCUCCUUCAAGGCAGAAAUCUCCAUUGGUGUCAAUAUUUUUUUCCUUCUUCUCUCUUUCGGAGAGAAGAUCAACUGCAGUAUUUACCUCGACAGGAUUCUUGGGUAAAGAUUUCACCAUUUUCAAUUGUGAAUUACACCGCAUCACAUUUUGUGUCUGGAGAACAAUCCUUUAGUUCGAAGGUAUGGAGCAACUACUGUUGACUUUCGAAUUGAGUUGACCAAGGAUGCAACUUUCUGAAGUGUUGAUGAAAGAAGUGAAGUUUUAACAUCUGGGUGAGUAAACCCAUCCUUCACACUCAGUUGCUGAGUGUGUGCAAAGCAACUCAUUCUUUGAGGGAGGAAUGACAACAUUUUCCAAGCUAAUAACUUCUUCAAGGAUGUUGGGGUCACCUCCUGAAUCUUCAUCCUUUGUUUGUUCCUGAUCCAUGUAGAAACUUGGCAGGGACGCGUCAAAAGCUUUCACCAUGGAAGAUGCAUUAUCUGCAACCACUUUCUUCACUUUUCCUUUAAUGCUGAACCAAUUAACAAUUUCCUCAGGGGGCUGAGUUUACAAUUACAGUACAGUACAUGAUAUUUAAAUUACAAUUAACUGCUAACUUUUUCAAUUACAUAUCCUAUUUUCUUGUAAUUAAUUACAUUUCCAUUAAAUAACAAAUACAAUUACUCCAACCCUGCAAAAUCAUUAUCCCAGAAUAUAAUCAACAAAUUGAUUAACUUCUAAGUUCCAAAUAAAAAAAAAUAAAAAUAAAAACUUCCAAGUUCCUCAUUACUAUUUUGUAAACCGAGGCAGUGGCAUAAGAAACUUGCCCAUAGUUUCACAUAUAAAACUGUCACGACCCGGUAUGUAUCAACUAUACAGUACAUAUUACACUUUCAAGCAAAUUUUGAGUUUGUUCUUUUUAAUAAUUGUGUAUCUCAUUGAUUAUAUACAACCUUUAAGGGGUGUGGCAGCAAACUGGAUUAACCAUUCACCUCCUGUCUUAAGGGUCAUUGGUGUGAUCUCGGAUCACCCUCCAUUCCAGCUUUACAAUUGGGAAAAUGAAGGUGAUUUAGUGCAGUGCUGGCCAUGUGGCCUCAUAUCAGCUUUAUGGGACCCCCCUUUCAUUUAAUUUAUUUACCUAAUGGCCACCCAUGGGACCAUGCUGAGGGUAGGAGGUCAGUAGCAUGAGUAGGAUCCCUCCUUUGUUCUUGAUAGUUUUGUCUGGGACUGUUUUGAAGCCCAGUACCGUUCUCGAUUCCACAGCUUGAGCCAGAAGACCAUUCCUUAGAUUUAUCCACUUUCUGUGUAAAGAAGUAUUUUCUUAUGUUCAUUCUGCUUGACAACUUGGUGAACUUUAAGUUACCGUAUGUCCCCUAGUCUACUUGGAUAAUGGAGCUGACAUAAUACCAGAAUCAGUAUACUGUAAUUGCUCAGUGUUGCCUCUUUUCUUGGUAUGCAGGCUUUUCUGGAGGUAGGGUUUCCAUGCUUGUACAGUACUAUAUAAUAAUAUAGAAUAUGAAACCUUGAAAGGAAAAAAGCCACAUUUUUUUAAUUUCUCAAUCUACAGGUAGAGACCCAACCUGGCAUGGUGUAUACUGUUUAUCUUUGUUUUUAAACAUACGUAAAUGUUAAAUACUGUAAAUGCAAGUAACAAGUGCUAUAUUGUAGUCUCUAUCUUGCCGCCAGUUAUAAGCCAACACACAAAUGUGAAUUUGGCUAUUUUUACAGAUACAUAUUGAAUAGACAAUGAUUUCAUCAUUGCUUGGGGUUCUGUGGUCUCUUAUACCCAGGUUGUGCAGAUUAGCAGUGCCUGGCAGCCAGGAUGUGCUCGGACUAGGGACCAGGGAAGUGAUUUUUCAUGUCAAUAUGCCCGGCAGACGCUAAUAUUUUGAGAGCAAUUUGUAAGUUACUGUGUGACCCCACCUCACUGUACAUGUUUAACCAGGGAGGUUCAUCAACGGACUGCUUGUCAGCAGUGUACCAGGAUUAUUGACCUACUCUUAUGUCAGGUGCAGGGAAUUUGUCUAUUUAGUAAGCCUCCAUUUAAUCAGCUGGUAUCAAGUUAUCAACAUUUUAAAGGAACCACCAAGCUGAGAGGCUGUAGAUGUAAGGUGACAGGAGUUAUGACCUCGCAUGACAAGUGUUACCAUCACUGACACCAGAUUAUUUGGGGGGGGGGGUGAGAAGGGAGGGAGUGGUAGUUUAGGUAGGUGAUCAUACUUUGAAGGUUGUGAGGUGCCGUAGCAUUAGUUGUGACAUCACAUGACAAGGGUUAACGCCACUGACACCAUUUAGAUGGACACAAGUGAUUUGUGAGCUGAUACACAUAAUAAAUUUAAAUAUUUAAAAAAAAAUAACAUUUGUAUUUAAAUUUUCCCAUAAAAAAAAUCUGGGUAAGCAAAUUUCCUCCACUAAUUUGUGAGGGCACGUGAAAAAAAUAAUCCAGGCAAUUAAAUUUCAAAAGUCACUUGUCUGUGACAAAUAAAUGUUCCACAGAGUCCACACAGCCUGCUUAUACCUCAAGUAAUAUUUAUGUGCUUGUAUAACAUUUGUAUAGUACGAGUAAUUCCUUUUAUGGGUUAAUUCUGUACAAUAUGAUGAAAGCAUGGAAGGAGGGUGAUGAGGUUAGUCAUGGUGAUGACAUUCUUCAACUUGACUGCUGUGAAAUAACACUUUUCAUUAUACCUGUGCUUCAUGCAAUAGAGCUUCAAUUGUUUUAAAUACAUUUCUGUAUUGUAUGUGCCACCACCAUCACUAACUUCAUCACCACUAACGACAUCUCUAUAAUCACUAGCUUCAUCACCACCAACACUAAUAUCAACACACCAUCAUCACCACUAAUGUUAUCAAUACUACCACUGUCUCAAAAUGGAUGAAUGAUGGAGACAGCACACAUAAAAUCAUGAGGAAAUCUCAUCUAUUAACUCAGGAGCACAUCAAUGCAUCUCGCUCAGAGGAAACAACCUCGCACAUAAAUGAGGGUUUACUUAAGGGUGGAGUGGUGAAGUCAGUGGUUUAUUGCUUCAUUACCAGGGCCCCUCUCUGGUCACCCAGAUGUGAAUUAGAACAAUAAAGUAAAGUGUUGGCCAUGCUGUCUAUAGGGGCCGCUUUCAUUUUUCACUGUGCUGGCAGUCUCCGGGUAACGACCGACUGACUUACGAACACCCGUACUUAUGAAUGGGAUCCAAAUACAUUCAUCGCAAAUUUAUUUUAUUAAAAUCUAAUUUUUUACAUUAUUUUCACAAUUCUAUAUUGUUUAACAUCACUUUUUUUAUAGUAUUUACAUUAUUUGUUUUGUAUGGGAUAUUUUUUUUUUUUUUAUUGUAUGAGCAGGGAUGUGCUUUAACCUAACAUAACCUCUGGAAUUAACACUGUUCUGACUUAAGAACAAAUUUACUUACGAUCAAGGAUACCAAUGUAUCCUUGUUGUAAGUUGGGGACUGCCUGUAUUUAGAAACAAUAAAUCACCUCAUCAGAUUAAUGUGGACAUGCACAAUGAUAACUGCUUUUACUGGGUGCAGUAGUGCUUGAGAUUUUGAUGGAGGUGUAAAGACUCAUUGUUGUUUUCUCAGUGCUGUAGCUAUUGAAUAAAUAUUCUGUAUCAUGAUUGGCUGCAACACACAGGGUGCAAGAAAAACUUUCAAUCCAUCAGACUUUUCAACUACAGGGUGCUCUUGUCACAGUAAAUGUAGUAAGUAUGUAGUGUAGUGCUAUUGUCACAGUACGUAUUAUUGUGCAGGUACUGGUGUUGUAAUGAACAUGUAAUACUAAUGUUGUAAAUUAUGCUACUGUACUAGCAUUGUAAUGAACAUAGUGUUUAAUGAAUUUUUUCUGUUUUGAGUGGGUUGAAUCCAUUUAAAUGCUGUACAUGAUGUAAAAAAAUCAUAAAUGUUCAUAAUGUUUUGAGUACUCUUGAUGAUCAUUGACCUUCUCUGGUUAAUGGUUUUCUCGUGUGAUGCAGUUAAUUUUAGUUCAAGAAAUGGUCUUUUCUAUUUGAGGCCUUUGGUCAAAUUAAUGACUAUUAAAUGGGCCAUAAUUUUUGCCAGUUAAUAACAUAUGUAUAGUACCUGUACUGGAUGUUGUUCUCAUACCAUGGUGCAUAUACCUUUAAGCAAAAAAGGGUUACUUUUAAGUUCGUCACUAUUUCUAGGUUACCUUUAUAUCAUGAUGUAAGAUUACUGGUAAGUGCCAUGAAAUAUAAUUCUCAUCAACAGAAUGACAUAUAUAAUCUGGCCCUUCUAUUUUGUUACUGUAGACUAACUUUGUUAUGUUGACCAGGUAGUACUAUGGUAGAGAGGCUUCUGUUAAAAAAUAGCAGUCUUUUAGUCAUGAAACAAGCAUUUUUAUAAUAUUAACUUACUGCUUAAGAAGGUAGACUCCAAAUAUAAAGCAUUAUCCUGAAAUCUCAAACACUAGCUUCAUAUUGCUUUUAUCCCCAGGGUUUUAACUGUAAACUGAUUUAUUUUUCUCUUAAAGUUCCUAUCAGUGGUCAAAUAUACCUGUCGAUACCAGAAAGGUGAGCAAACUCAUCAGUGAAACCAAAUAUGUUGUAUGCUGUACACAGUUUUGUAGGAUAUGUUGUACCUGUACUUAUGUUUCAUUUUUUUUAUACAGUGAACUUCAGUUUUCUGGUAUCUGUAGAUAUUUAUAUGUUUUUGUUGUGAAUACUGUAUUAUAAUUUGUUCCCUUUGUGAAAAGCAACUCUAUAAUCUGGGGAAAAGCAAAGGAUUUUGUAUUGGACAGUGUGUCAUAUAGGUUGAGCACAAUUAAAAAUCUCUCUCUCUUAGGGAAUCAAACAAUCAAUGCAGAUGGAGAAAUUAACAUCAGAGAAAAGUUUGUUUAAUUUUAUGCACUGAAAGCCACCAAUCUGUUGUAACACCUGGGUUUCAUUGAUUAAAUUAUUUUACAGUAGAUAGGUGUGUCGCAUCUGGCCUUGUAUUCCAUACAUGAGUACAGUAUUAAACUGACUCUUCUCUCCAGUAUUGAAUUUCCUGCCUAUGAGACACCCUGUACAAACCAUCUUGACCAAAUGUAAACCACAUCACAAUGUUACAGCAUUUAGUCUAGGAACUGUAGUUAUCUUUCCAAAACUUAUCUGGACACCACAGUUCUUCAAAAAAAGGACUCCUGAAUGAUAGAAUGUUACCAUUCAAUGCAAAGCGAUCACUGGACCUUGAUCAUUUGUAUUCAGGAAAAGCUAGCUUCUAUUUUGUCCAGCCCAUAGAACCAUUCUGAGAUACUUCCCAUUUCUCACCAUUGUCAAAGUUACUGCUUCCCACAGCCUUUAAAGUUUCUGAUGUUGGCAAGUCUCUGUGAAGGCAAACAUUUUCAGAGUGAGGGUUAUAAACUCUUGGAGCAAUCUACCAGAAAUUGUUGUGACGGCACCGAGUGUGAGCUCUUUCAAGACAAGACUUGACCAACACUGGAGCAGGUUCAGGUACAUUCAGGAGCUAGUGCAUGCCCAGUACUUGCCAACAGUGCGUGACACAGACGUGACCGCUCGCCCGGGCUGCUAGCGAGCCAAUCUUUUGGUGAAGAGGAUAAAAGAAAAGGAAAAGUACAGUAAUCAGAGAUGUGACCGAUCGCCCAAGCGGCUAACGAGCCGAUCAGUGGUGAAGAGGAUAAAAGUAAAGUAAAAGUAAAGAUAAGCCUCGGACACAUAUCCUUUAAGUGUUACUUGGGCUGGAAAUUAGCAGCUUUUAUGCAGUCCAUAUUUCUUACAUAAGGCAAAUAAAAUUCAUACCUGGCUGGAUAACAGCUGUAUACUGUACCAAGAUCUUUGUUACUUAUAUACAGUAUGUUAUUUGCUAACUUUUUCUCUUUUUAAGCUACCAGCUCUUCUAAUGAUAAUCUGUUGACAUACUAAGAAUGACCCUCAAUACAGGUACUGGAAUUUGAAAGUACUUUUAGAAGUGGUAUUCCAACAAUUUAUGCAGUAAAGUACAGUACAGUACUGUAUUUAACUGGUGGACUGUAUAUGAGAUUUUUCAAGCCUGCAUAUGACACCUGCCAUUCUUUGUUAUAGAUUUUAUUGCCCAGUGUUAGUGCAGGAGGAAACCUGGUAUGUUUGAUAGGGUCAUAUUGGAUAACACCCUUCCCACGUGUGUUGGCCUGUCCGGGCCAGGUAUCUAACGCAUGACAUAAUGGUGCGAGAUAUGCACAUUACUGCUGUGCUACCACCAUUUAACUUUAAUUAAGAUACUGCUUAAAGUUAGUCAUAUUUUCAAGCACGCUUGGAUGAUAAAGCAUUUAUUGUUCAUUGGGAAAUCUCAGUGAUUAUCAGGUACAGGUAUCACUAAAUUGAAGCUUGUGAUCUUUUUGCACAAAUUACAUAAAAUUUUUCUUGACCCUUAUGCUUCAGAUCAUAUCCUAUAACAUGUAUCUCUAGAGUUUCGGGUCACAUCACAUGACACUUUUAUCUUUCACAGGCGUAUUUGAAUAAAAAGGGCGGGCUUGGCUAGAGUAUGAUGCCAAGUAGGUUUUUAUCUUUCACUCUCUCACACAUGAGAGCCUCCCAGUCUCUUCUCCCUAGCUUCUCAGCUUUUGGAAUGUAGGCAUCUCGCCCUUGGACUUGACUCACUUCACCAUGUGUUUCUGCAACCCAAAGCACAAGUCUAGUAUUGUGAUCAAUUACUGGAGCAGUAAUAAUGAUUGUUAAUAUAGUGUAAUACUGUAGUAACAAAGUAAAACAAGUGUCAUGUACCUCAUAUCGCCUACAAAUUAGUGUACGUAUUUACCUCUUUACUUCAUAAACAUCCUCGACUCUUCCUAGUCCCGGUGUUGCCAACCUGUGGUACAAAGAUUUAUGACAGACACUUAUUUAUUUCCUGUUUAUAUAAUACAUGGCCAGUUUGUAAGACUAGAAUUGCAUUUAAUUUGUUUUUUCAAAUGUUUCCGAAUAUACCUGCAUGGGAGGGGGGGAGGGGACACCGACCAUAGCGCGAAGCCCAGGUGUUAACAAGGACUAUAAUGUUCAGAGUUGGAAAACAUUCUCAUUUGAAGUUGAACUUUACAAGGAAGUUAGUUUUCAUGCAUUUUCAGUACUGUAUUAUGAUCCUUAUACAUGAACUGUACUUCCCACACAGGAUCCUCAGGUCAAUUGGCUUCUAUCAAAAUCUUCAGUAUGAACAGAAUCAUCAGUUCAAUAUUGGGGUUUUCAUUCCACAGAUUAGAUUUCAGGACAUUGGAUAAAGAUUUAUCAUGAGACUUACAUCACUUCCAUAUUAUGUCCAAGUUUUCAACAAACAGAGUCAUCAAAAAUGGUCCUGAAAUCUUAGUUGUAAUCAGAGAUGAACAAAUGGUCUAGAUUCCAGCUGCCCCACCCCACCUCACCCCACCUCCCAUUCCCUUUGGGUUAAAAAUUUAAAGAAGUUAAACUGACAAAGAAAUAAAUGAAUAAAGUGUCUGGUUACAUUUCUUUAAAGUAAAGUAUGACCUGCAAUCAAGCAACUGUGAUCGAUGUGUUGUGGUUAUUGUGGUCAAAUUGGUUUAUGCAAUACAGGAUUAUUCAUGUGCCCCUGGUCAUAAAACUGGAUACUUCUAGAUCAUUCUCAUUUUUGCAAAGGCUAUGAAGAAGUAAAAGGAAAUAUAAUCAAUGUUUACACUUACGUAUUGUUACAUUGUUAUGUAAAUAUACACAUUUAUUUCA